AUGUCGACCUUCGAGCCAGUCAUCACGAUCGAUGCCAAGGGUCACCUUCUUGGUCGACUUGCAAGCACUGUUGCAAAGCAGUUGCUCAACGGCCAGAAGAUCGUCGUUGUACGAUGUGAGGCCUUGAACAUCUCUGGAGAGUUCUUCCGUGCGAAGCUCAAGUACCACGCCUACCUCCGAAAGAUGACCAGAUACAACCCAACCCGUGGAGGUCCUUUCCAUUUCCGUGCCCCAUCCAGAAUCUUCUACAAGACCGUCCGUGGUAUGAUUCCUCACAAGACCGCCCGUGGUGCUGCCGCCAUGGAGAGACUUAAGGUUUUCGAGGGUGUCCCACAACCAUACGACAAAGUCAAGCGCGUUGUCGUUCCCCAAGCUUUGAGAGUGUUGAGAUUAAAGCCUGGACGCAAAUACUGCACUGUCGGUAGAUUGAGCCACGAGGUCGGAUGGAAAUACCAAGAUGUUGUCGCUAGACUUGAGGAGAGAAGAAAGGUUAAGAGCGCAGCAUACUACGAGCGUAAGAAGGCAGCACGCAAGCAGCUUUCAGAAGCCCAGAAGUCCGCUAAGAUCGACGAUAAGACCAAGACCGAGUUAGCUGCUCUCGGCUACUAA